GAUACCGUACAUGCAAAUCAUAUCUCUGACGGGAGGCAGUUCCGACACCUCCUUUGCAGCUUAUGCAGUCCGUGAAUGGUGCCAGCUGUGCAUCACCGCAUCACCUCAACCACCCAAAGCAACCCACCCCACCCCCACUUUUGCUCGGAGGACCCAUUUUCGGCCACUUUUGAUUUGAAAGCUGUUGCUUCGGCGCAAUGGUGGUGGUCGUGCUGGUAAUGGAAUCGCCUAUAUAUUCCAGCUGCUCCCCGCCUAGCAUGUCUUUCGUUUAUUGUGUUCCUACCUCGGUCCGGACGUGGUUAACUGAACUUCCUCGAAUUUCCCCAAUUCUUCUCCCCAUCUCACGAAAAUGGCACCUCAGAAGGUCUUCGUCACCGGAGCUACAGGCUACAUCGGUGGUGAUGUUUUCUUCGACUUCAACCAGGCCCACCCCGACUGGGAAUACUCCGUCCUGACUCGGAGCAAAGAGAAGGGCGCUCAGGUGUCCAGCAAAUACCCCAACGCUCGCAUCGUCAUUGGAGACCUCGACUCGUCCGAUGUCAUCGCCGAGGAAACCAAGAACGCAGACAUCGUGCUCCACUGCGCCGAUUGUGAUCACGUCGCCUCGGCUGAAGCCAUCGCCAAGGGUGCCGCCCAACACACCCCCGAGCGCCCUCUGUGGCUGAUCCACACCUCGGGCACCGGUAUCCUCACCGUCGAGGACUUCCGCACUAACACCUGGGGUCUGUACCGCACCAAGGAGCACGACGACUGGGACGGCGUCGACGAGCUGCUCAACCUCCCCGACGACUCCCUCCACCGCAACGUCGACAAGAUCAUCAUCGACGCCGGCAAGAAGAACCCCGACAGCGUCAAGGUGGCCAUCGUCUGCCCGCCCACCAUCUACGGCCCCGGCCGCGGUCCCGGCAACCAGAAGAGUGUCCAGGCCUACUGGCUGACUGCCGCCGUGCUGAAGCGCAAGAAGGGUCUCCUCGUCGGCAAGGGCGAGAACAUCUGGCACCAGGUCCACGUCCAGGAUCUCAGCGACGUGUAUCUGCUCCUGGGUGACGCUGCCGCUGCCGGCGGUGGCAAGGCCACCUGGAACGAUAAGGGAUACUACCUGGCAGAGAACGGCCCCUUCGUGUGGGGUGACAUCCAGCGCGAGGUGGCCCGCGUGGCCCACGAGAAGAAGCUGAUCCCCUCCUCCGAGGUCGAGCCUCUUCCUGACGCGGAGGUCACUGCGCUGAACCAGUUCGGUCUGUACGCUUGGGGAAGUAGCUCGCGGGGUCACUCGCUUCGCGCGCGCAAGCUGCUGGGCUGGUCCCCGAGCAGGCCGAGCUUGAAGGAACUGAUCCCUGAGAUUGUGGAUAUCGAGGCAAGGGAUCUGGGUCUUUGAACUACCUGUUUUCCUUCGUUGUAAUUAAUGAAAUUUUAUGAAC